AGCUAGCAUAAAGCGUAAAAGAAUACACGAAAAGUGUUCAGAAGCAAACAAACAUUCGCGCGGUAAGGAUGGAGCAAAUGACGGAGCUUCAAGUGUUGUCACCCGAGAAAACGCCGGUGCACGGAAACGGAAAUUUUAGUGAAGAUGUGCAAUAUUCAUCAUGGCAACAGCACGGAAAUACAAAAUUGUGCAUAGUGUCGGGGUUGUUGGGGGUGGCAUGUGGUACGAUCGUAGUGCUUGUUAUAGUGUUGCUAACCGGCAAUUCGUGUAGUAGUGAUUCCAACAGUCCAUUAAACAUUUUCUGUGUUCGAACUAAAUCAACGAAGAACUUCGAUGACGAACAACAACAUACAGUGCGAAGUGAUUUCAGUACAACAAGAAGGAAGCCGACCAAUUUGUACAACUCUGAAAAUUGUGGUGUAUCUUCUUCCGAUCGGAUUUUGCGUGGCGAAGAAGCAGAGCUGAGCCAGUAUCCAUGGAUGGCAUUACUGUUGGACUCAGCCGGUGAAGUCUCUUGUGGAGGUACGCUAAUUUCCGAAAGAUACGUGCUUACUGCAGCACAUUGUUUGUCCAGAGUAAAAACUGUUAGAUUAGGCGAACACAACAUAACGUCUUACAUCGAUUGUGCAGAUGUUGAAAAAGAAGACUGUGCUCCCGUGGUUCAGAACUUUACUGUGGCGGAUAGCGACAUCAUACAGCAUCGUGAUUAUAGCUCCUCUGAAAUGAGUAAUGAUAUUGGUCUAAUUCGGCUUUCAAGGCCAGUCGACAUGGCGGAAGAUCGUGUUUUGCCAAUUUGCCUGCCUUACGGAGAGUAUCUAGAUGCCGAAAAAGAAAGCGCAACCAUUGCCGGAUGGGGACAUACUGAAAAUGGAACAACGUCCGCUGUUCUGAUGCAUGCGUCGGUGGAGUUGAGGACGAAUAGAUACUGCGCCAGUGAAUUCACCAAAACAAACACUAAGGUUAAACUUGACGAUCGGACCAUCUGCGCUGUUGGAACAAAUGGCCAGAACCACUGCGUAGGAGAUUCCGGCGGUCCGUUACAACUUUUCAAAUCUGUUAAUAGUGGAGAAGGAACUCGAAUCGCUGCUGUUCUGUAUGGAAUAAUAACGUUUGGUGAAAAAGAAUGCAAGGCGGAUUAUCCGAGCUUGCCAGGUGUAUUUGUUAAGGUGUCCUCUUACAUUGAUUGGAUACUAAAUAACAUGACAGAAUAACUGUUUCUGAUGAAUCUCUUGACAACGAAACAGUGAGACAGGUACUAAAUGAAAUUGACAUUGCUAACUUUAAUAUACUCAGUUCAAGCUAAAGAAGUAGGUGGAGUUAUUUCUCUUGUUGAUGUUAGGUAGCAUACUCUACUAAUCGUAAAAAAACAACAUUUGGUUCACAAUUAUGUGUGUCAAAUUACACUAACCAACCAUUUGUUACGUGCACUUUGAAAUUUUCCAACUUUUUUGCGAGGACCAAAUAGUUCUAGAUUAUUUUUUCAAAACAACCAAUGCGCCAUAGGACGCACAUAGGACCUUUUGAAAAAGUAAGCGAGAGUUUUUCUCGACAGUUGACCUACCAAAAUUGACAAAAAAUACUGCGCGGGCUUAGCUCGAGGGGAAGCAUCAAGUUUGGGGUCCCCAGACACACGUACACUUUGAAUUUUUCAGAAAUAUUUAGACAGGUUUUUCUCCAAAGUUUGUAUGGAGAAUUAGGGCGGUUCGUCACUGUUGCAUACAAUCCAAAAUUUGCUUGCAAUAUGUGGGAGUAGCGAACAGCUCUAUUUCUCCAUACAAACUGGAGAAAAACCAAUCGACCCUGUCUAAAUAUUUUUGAAAAAUUCAAAGUGUACGUGUUUCUGGGGACCCCAAACUUCAUGCUUCUCCUCAAGUUGAGCCUGCGCAGAUAUUUUGUUGGUCGGUGUAAUGCAUAUUACAUACGUAUAUUAACUUGACAAUCGAUAUAACUUGGAAGAGAACUCACAAAAAAUGGGAAAUUAGUACAUGUGUUUCUUUGGACCUUCUUAUGAAUGUAUUUCAUAUUUACCGUUCUGUUGGUCGGUGUAACUCUUAAUAUAAUUUAGAAAACAAAAAAAAAAUGUUGAGCAUAUGAAAACAUGCCAGUCAGUUUUUGACAAACGCAACAUAGAGUUUAGUCAGGAAAAUAGCCCAUCGAAUGUUGGGUCCGUAUAAAAUGAGGGUUUAUCUCAUGAUAAGGGAAACACCAAAUGGAUGUUAGUUAAAAUGUUAAUGUUAGAAUGUGAAAGCGUGUGAUCGGCUGUGCUGAUAGAAUAUUACUAUUACAUAACCAUGGGUGGUCUAUCAAGUUCAAGCUCAAGUUUGUUAGUUUUAAAUUAGUUAUAGAAGAAUGAAAAAAAUAAACGGGAAUAAUAAAAAUGCAGGUAAGAUAUGAUAAAAAUAAAUCAGAUUUUCAGAUCAGAAAAAAAAUGUUUUAAAAUGCAUUAUUCA